AUGGCGUCGCCCUCCUCCCCGCCAGUCUACGUCCUCGGCGUCGGCCUCACCAAAUUCAUCAAACCACGCAACAAAGUCGACUAUCCCCUCCUCGCCCUCGAAGCCUCCACAAAAGCUCUCCUCGACGCCCACCUAAAUUACGACACCAUCACCGCGGCCAUAGCAUCCUACUGCUACGGCGACAGCGCGUGCGGUCAGCGCUGCCUCUACCAACUCGGCAUGACCGGCAUACCCAUCUACAACGUAAACAACAACUGCGCCUCCGGCUCCUCUGCCCUCCAUCUCGCCCGCACCCUCCUAUCCUCCCCUGCGCUCCAACACUCUUGCAUCCUAGUCCUCGGCUUCGAGAAAAUGGCGCCCGGGAGCCUCAGUAGCGUGUGGAAAGACCGCGCCAACCCCAUCGAGAAGAUCGGGCUGAAAAUGGCGGAGACGAGGGGUUAUGAUGGCGGAGUGCCUGGCUCGGCGCAGAUGUUCGGUAAUGCGGGGAGGGAGUAUAUGGAAAAGUACGGGGCGACGAGGGAGGAUUUCGCGGAGAUUGCGAGGGUCAAUCAUUUGCAUUCGAAGCAGAAUCCGUAUAGUCAGUUCAGGGAUGUUUAUACGUUGGAGGAGAUAUUGGGGAGUCAGGAAUUGUUUGAGCCGUUGACGAAGUUGCAGGCCUGUCCGACGAGCGAUGGGGCUGCGGCUGCGGUGCUUUGCUCGGAGGCGUUUUUGGAGGAGUUGGUCAGGAAAGAGGGGGAAGGGGUGAGGGAAAGGGCGGUGCAGAUUGCGGGGAUGAGUAUGGCGACGGAUAGCCCGGCUGCGUUUGGGGGAAGUGCGAUGGAGUUGGUGGGGUAUGAUAUGAGUAGGCGGGCGGCGGAGGCUGCGUUGAAAGAAGCUGGAGUAAAAGCGAUGCAUCCGAAGGUGGUGGAGCUACAUGAUUGCUUUUCGGCGAAUGAGAUGGUGACGUUGGAGGCGCUGGGGCUUUGUAAGAGGGGAAAGGCGCAUGAGAUGGUUAGGAAUGGUGAUAUUACAUUUGGGGGAAGGGUGGUGGUGAAUCCAAGUGGGGGGUUGAUCAGUAAGGGCCAUCCGCUUGGUGCGACGGGGAUUGCGCAGUGCGCGGAGCUGGUUUGGCAGUUGAGAGGGUGGGCGAACAAUAGAUUGGUGGAGGGAGCAGAGGUUGCGCUGCAGCACAAUCUAGGAUUGGGAGGGGUGGCUGUUGUCACUGUCUAUAAGAGGGCCGACGGAGGGGUUUCGAAGCAUGUAGUUGAUGAGGAGGUGGGCAAGGCGAGUGGGGUUGGGUAUAAUCCUGCGGUCGUGGCGAAAGGGUUCACGAAAGAGCAGGUAAAGCAGGUCAGAAGUAGAAAAGCUCCGUCGGAGUGGGCAAUGGGUGAUGCGAUGGAGAAAGCCGCGAGCAGGCUUUGA